UCCACCGCUUCUUGCCGCAUGCAGUACGCAGAUUCUUAAGUUCACGUAGUCCUCCUCUCGGUCUGCUGAUAUGCUCUUCUUAAUCUUUAAUCUUCUCUUUCCUUGUCUCCUCCAUCUCUAGAAUUCCCUUUCCUCCAUCAUCCUCUCUAUACACCCCGUUUUUACCCCGGGUAUCUGCCAUUUGUUUCUACCAUUCUGGCUUCGUAACGUUCUCUCAUCAUGGCGCCUCCCACAUAUGCUGGGUUCUCGGGCCGGCGACUCGGCCUCGCAAUAUCAACAAUUGCAACCAUGGGCUUUUUGCUUUUUGGUUAUGAUCAGGGUGUCAUGUCAGGUAUCAUUUCUGAUCCUGCUUUUAACGACAUGUUCACUGCCACCAAGGGUGACUCGGUCAUGCAGGCAACUGUUACUGCAGUCUAUGAAGUCGGCUGUCUCUUUGGUGCCAUCUUCGCUCUGAUUUUUGGUGAGACCCUGGGACGUCGUCUCAUGGUCAUUUACGGUGCGACGGUGAUGAUCAUCGGUGUGGUUAUACAGGUCACUGCCAUGCCCAAAUCAAUCCCACUGCUACAGUUUAUUUUCGGCCGUGUGAUUACCGGUAUUGGCAAUGGUAUGAACACGUCGACUAUCCCGACAUAUCAAGCCGAAUGCUCCAAGACCAGCAACCGUGGUCUUCUGAUCUGUAUUGAAGGCGGCAUUAUUGCUAUUGGAACCAUGAUUGCUUAUUGGAUUGACUAUGGUGCCCACUAUGGUCCUCAAGAUUUGGUCUGGCGCUUUCCUAUCGCCUUCCAAGUUUUCUUCGGUCUUAUUAUUAUUGUCGGCAUGUGGAAACUUCCAGAGUCCCCUCGCUAUCUGAUCGCCCAUGGUAAGGUAGAGGAAGGUACUCGAGUUCUCGCUGCCCUCGCGGGCGAGGAAAUCGAUCAUCACCAGGUCCAGCUGGAGAAGAACUUAGCUCUGGACUCUGUUCGAGCUUCCGGUUCUUCCGAAACCAAGUUCAGCGAUCUGCUCACGGGCGGUCCCUCUCAGCAUUUCCGCCGCAUGCUGGUCGGCUCGUCGUCUCAGUUCUUCCAACAAAUCUCCGGUUGUAACGCCGUCAUCUACUAUCUACCAGUGUUGCUCGAGGAUUCCAUUCAUCAGUCCCACAACUUCGCGCUUCUCAUUGGCGGUAUUAACAUGAUCUGUUACGCGAUCUUCGCCACUUUCUCCUGGUUCUUCAUCGAAAAGAUCGGCCGUCGUAAGCUGUUCCUUGCGGGCAGUUACGGCCAGUGUGCUGCAAUGGUCAUUGUUUUCGCAUGCUUGAUUCCUGGCGAUGCCGAAAGUGCCAAGGGGGCUAUCUUUGGCUUCUUUAUGUAUAUGUGCUUCUUCGGUGCUACGUGGCUGCCUCUCCCUUGGCUCUAUCCGGCUGAGAUUUCUCCUCUCAAGACCCGGUCCAAGGCAAACGCCGUGUCUACUUGCAGCAACUGGCUCUUUAACUUCACUGUGGUCAUGAUCACGCCUGUUAUGGUCGCCCGUAUUGGCUGGGGAACCUAUCUGUUCUUCGCCGUAUGGAACGCUAUCUUCAUUCCCGUCAUCUGGUUCUUUUACCCGGAAACCGCGGGCCGCAGUCUGGAAGAGAUUGAUCUCAUCUUUGCCAAGGGCUAUUGCGAAAAUAUGAGCUAUGUCCGCGCGGCAAAGGAAUUGCCCAAGCUCACCGAUGAUGAGAUUGAAGCCAAGGCGACGGAAUACGGCAUCCUUGGUGACGAGGAGAAGGCUGAGGAGCGCAUUGCCGAGAAGGAUCCUCCCCGGUCGGCGGAGUUUUCCCAGUUCCAGCCCACUCAGCUGUGAGAGGAGACAGCGCGUGAGAGUUCUCCUUAUGACGACAUGCCUCGCGACGUGAUCUAU